UCUUGCAGCCAUAUAUCCGAUUCAGAUAUGAGUCAGCGGGGAUGAUAAACCGCGGCAUGACUCAGUCAGGCCUUGGUCAGGCCCCUUAAUUGGAACGACAAUUAUGGGGUGGCCAAAGUAUAAAAGGACCAGAGAAGUACAACAGACGUACCCAGGAUGUCUUGUUCCCUUGUCCGCGCCUCCUCCUACAACAUGCUCUCUCACUCCUACGCCAGUUCAUCCCGACAACAACCAUUUGUCGAGUCUCCCGCUCAGAGACGCGCUCGCCGCCAGUUUCUAGCAAACCAGAGCACUGGUGAACACAAAGUCCAAACAUGGCUCAAAUCCCAAUCGACUUACACAGUCACUCCCGGGCCACGCGUUGCCCCAUCUCCCUCUGUAAAGGGCCAUCGCAGGAACAGACAUAGCAUACUGGAGACACGAGCUUACCACCUCACCUCGAUCCCUGAAGACGAGCCAUACAUCCUCUACUCCACCCCGCUACCCCAGAAACCAUCUCAGACGCCCUCCCGCGUACCCAGGCGGCAUCAGCAUCUCAGGUCCAUCCCAGAGGAGUAGACGGGUUGAAUAUUCGAUUAAAACGGACUGUUAUCCAUUCAUUCUUGGAGAACAGGGUUGGACAUCACUUCUAGUCCUUCACCCCAACCCGAACUCGCACACCUGGUCUUGGCCUUGCCGAGCCAUGUCAAACUACACCGCAGCACAUACAUAUAAUAACAUGCCAAUUAUACCUACAAUCUGGUUAAAAUAGAUUAGUUACUCGCGUUUGAAAGCUGCAAUCUUGUAUGUAUUUGUAAAACGCCGCUUCCAUAAUCUCAAUCAUGUCGAGUUUA